UACUCACCAAAGUCUUGAAACAGCAGGCAUAGCUUUUCCUUUAACAAUAUAACAAUAUAAAGUUUCAGUUUCGACAACGUAACCAUCGAAGCUGGUCAUAACUGCUUUAAAUUCAGUUUUUCCUAUCGAAAUCGUCCUAAAGAAAAUCCUUAAAAAAUCUUGUCACGAUGCUAACUCUAUGGCGAGGUUUCCUCUUCGGUUUGUUUGCCGUAUUCAUACUUUACCUGCUAAAGAAAUUCCUCAGGGAACUGCACAUCAUUCGACGAUUGAUAAACCUUAUCGAAAGCAAGCGAGACAUUUUUGAGCAAGUUUCCGAGACUGAUGAGGAUGAGGGCAUCGUCGACGAUGAAAUUUUGUUUACUGAUCUAAACCCGGAGCAGAGCCUUGAAAAGUAUCGUCGGGUUCGUUUUGAAGCGGCGGCUAUCGCAAUGAGAGGUGCUGUUAAUAGGGCUGGCAGAGCGCAGGAGCAUGGAAACUAACAAUCAAGACAUUGCUCAACCCUUUUAAUCCUGAAUUUUCUACAUUUCUACAUUAUUUCAAUAAAUGUAAUUUUGGAGGCCUUGAUUAACCUGCCACGACCGAAUAUCCCAGCGAAAUCAACUAAAUAAAAUUCCAGGCCCGGUCGUAAUCCUUUGAAAUUAAUUUGCUGCCAUUGCCUUCGUGUCUCGGGACUUACAAUUCCAUUGGCCAUUUUAAUUGG